GCGGGCGCUCAGGGGGCGGCCGCAAGUCGUGCCUGAGUUGGAGGGGGUAGGGCGCUGUGGGCGGUGCCCCGCCCCCUCCUGUCACUCGCGAGGCGGCCUCAAAGCCCCCCUGCCAUCUGCGCGACUGGGACAAUCUCGGCGCGCAGGAAUUGGGCACCUGCUGUUUGCCAGGAGUCUGGCCGAGCGCGGGACCGCUGCGAUUCCCUAGGAGGGAGAAUGUACUUUUCCUCGCUUCGAAUGUGAAGAAACAGACUUGGGGAGACUCCGCGGCUUCUCCCAAGUCACAAUACUAAUAAGUGGUUGACCGAGGAGCACACCCAGGGAUGCCUGACCCGAACACGCCAGCGUGCUCUGCACAGUCACGCCCUCGUCUCCUCCAGCUCUGCAGAUUCAAGCCUGGUCUUUUCUCCUGAAGAUGCAUGCCACGGACCCAGUCAUGGCCACCAGGACCCGAACCGCUAAGGACCAGGAAUCAGUGACCUUCAAGGAUGUGGCCGUGGACUUCACCGUGGAGGAGUGGGGCUGGCUGGGGCCUGGCCAGAGGGAGCUGUAUUGGGACGUCAUGCUGGAGAACUACCAGAACCUUCUCUCACUGGGGGCAGGGCUUCCUGGUUCUAAACCCGACGUGAUCUCCCGUCUGGAGAGAGGUGAAGAGCCCAGGAUAGAGAAGAGAGAAGCCCAGAGAGUUACCUGUCCAGAGUUGGAGACAAGCUCAGCAACUAGUCAGGAGACACUGCCAAAAAUGGUUAUUUCUGAAGAGACAGCUUCCCCAAUGGGAAAGAUGGAGGGAAUUUUAAGGACAGUGCUUGGAGAUACCAAGAUGGGGGAAUUGCAGACAUGUGGCCAUCCGUUGGAGGAACUGGGAAAGCAGGAGAGACAUUUGAGGUGUUUUUUUGCUUCUCCUAAGAAAAACACCUGUGGGGAGAGAGGCCUUGGCUGUAAUGAGCUUGGAAAAAGCUUCAGGCGGUCCUCAGCCUUCAUCAGGAAGCACAGAGUACCUGGGGGAGAGAGGCCUCGGAAGUGGAAUGGGCCAAGAAAGAGCUUGAAACACCAAAGGACUUCCAUAGAAAACAAACCAUUUAACUGCAUGGAAUGUGGGAAAGCUUUUAUUUACCAUUCGGACUAUAUCCUGCACCAGAGAAUUCACACUGGAGAGAAACCCUACAAGUGUAAGGAUUGCGGCAAGGCAUUCAGCAACAGCUCAUAUUUCAUUCAGCACCACAUCAUUCACACAGGAGAGAAGCCCUAUGCAUGCAAUGAAUGUGGCAAGACCUUUACUCAGAGCUCAUCGCUGACCGAGCAUCAGAGGAUCCACACUGGAGAGAAACCAUACCAAUGCAAGGAAUGUGGGAAGGCCUUCACCCAGAGCUCCUCCCUCAUUAAACACCAGCGAUGCCAUACCGGGGAGAAACCCUAUAAAUGCAACCAGUGUGGGAAGUUUUAUUCACAGGUGUCCCACCUUACCCGGCACCAAAAAAUCCACACGGGGGAGAAACCCUACAAAUGCAGUGAGUGUGGCAAAGCUUUCUGUCACACUUCCUCCCUGACCCAGCACCAGACGAUCCACACUGGAGAGAAACCGUACAAAUGUAACGAGUGUGGGAAAACCUUCAGCCACAGCUCAUCCCUGACCCAGCAUCAGCGGGUGCACACAGGAGAAAAACCCUACGAGUGCUCUGCCUGUGGCAAGGCCUUCAGCCACAGUUCUUCCCUGACUCAGCAUCAGAGGAUUCAUACUGGAGAGAAGCCCUAUGAGUGUAACGAGUGCGGGAAGGCUUAUACUCAGAUUUCCCACCUCAUGAGGCACCAGAGCAUUCACAUGGGGGAAAAGCCCUAUAUAUGUAACGAGUGUGGCAAGGCUUUCAGUCACACCUCAUCCUUUACUCAACACCAAACAAUUCACACCGGCGAGAAGCCCUACAAAUGUAAUGAAUGUGGGAAAACCUUCAGCCAGAACUCUUCCCUGACACGCCACCAGAGGAUUCACACUGGGGAGAAACCCUAUGAGUGUAACGUUUGCAGGAAGGCCUAUACCCAGAUUUCCCACCUCAUUCAACACCAGAGGAUUCACACUGGAGAGAAACCUUACGAGUGCAGUGAGUGUGGGAAAGCUUUCAGCCGGAGCACCCACCUUAUCGAACAUCAGAAAAUCCACACAGGCGAGAAGCCCUAUAAGUGUAAGGAGUGUGGAAAAACAUUCAGUCAUAACUCAUCCCUCACUCAGCACCGGAGGAUUCACACUGGUGAGAAACCCUACGCCUGUAAGGAAUGCGGAAAAGCCUUCAACCAGAGCAUCCACCUUAUUCAGCAUCAGAGAAUUCAUACUGGAGAGAAGCCCUACAAAUGUAACAAGUGUGGGAAAACCUAUACCCAGAUCUCACACCUCAUUCAACACCAGAAAGUUCACACCGGGGGCAGACACUAUGCAUAUAAAGAAUGUGGAGAGGAUUUCAGCUGGAGUUCACACCUGACUCAACACCAGAGACUUCACACCAUACACAACACCUACGUCUGUGAUGAUUUUGAGAAAGCCUUUGCUUGGAACACACAGCUUGCUGAUCAUCAGAGAACUCAUGCUGACUAGAAAGUCUGACAAUGUGACACAUUGGUAGUUCUGCUAUUGGGUUCGGUUCAGCCGUUCCUAGAAGGAGGAUGGUACAGCUUAUCACCAGCUGGGACAACUUCUGAUCAUUUUAGUAGCUUUCCCCUAAAAUCUCAACUUCCCCCCUAUUUUUCAACACUACAGUGUCCCCAGGUGGUGAUCUAAAUGGGAUGCAACUAUAUCUGGGAUCUUUAGUAAGAUCUCUCUGAGCUUUAUAAGUGUAUUGAUUAUUCUUUAAUUUGGAGCCUGAAAAUUCAAGAAAAAAGAAAUAACUGUAAAGAUUAAUGCUUUAGAGUAAAAGUCUCAAAUAUAUGUAGCUGAACAUAAGUGCUAGAUGAUUUUAGUUUCCUUUUAAAACUUUAAGAUACAAAUUUCACCUAAAAAUCUGCAGUUGGCUUAAACACUGAAUACGUUUCACAUGUUUACAGCUAUUUUUUAUGUCCUAUUUUUUCUAUUUUCCAUUUCCAGGAUAUAUACUUUACAAAGCAAUUGCCCUCUUAAGCACCAUUUUUUAUUUUUGCCCAAAGGGAAGUUUUUCUUUCCUCAUAUUUUUUAAACAUAGUAUUUUUCUAAUAUAAAAAUAAUAUGCAUACUUUUAUAACAGCAACAUUUUUAAGUAAAAUCACAUAUGCUUAUUGUAAAGGAUAAUUUGGAAAGUGUAAAGAAUUAUGAACUAAAAUACAAGUUCCCCAUAAUCCCACAGCCCAGAGACACCUACUAAUCAUUUUCUUUUCUUUUUGGUUUUGUUUUACUCUGUAUUCCAUAUCUAUAUUUUUAAACUUUGAAAAAUCUGGAUCAAAAAACAAAAGCCAUAUACCCACCUCCAACUUGGCCACCCUCUGAAAUCAUGUUGUUUUGAUUUUUUUUCUUAUUUCCUUCCAAAUAUCAUUUUAAAAUAAAUGUUAUUUUAUUUAACUGUAAUCAGAGUGUAGUAACAAUUUUGACUUCCCUGUUUUGUCCUCAUUUUACCAUGAAAUUUGUCCUUUUUCACCACCUACACUUUGUACUCAUCAUUAUUAGGGCUAAUCAUAUUUCAUUGAUGGGUGUAGAAUAAUUUACAAAUCUAUUGCCCAUUUUGGCUUUGUUCUAAGUCCCUGAUUGACACAGGUUGUUCACCAAGUUUCUCAAUUAUGAGUAAUGUUGUAAUGAGCAUUUCCACACUUCCUCUGGCCUUUUGGGUGGAUUAUUACUCUAAGUAAAUUCCUACAGGGGAAAUAACAGAAUUGAGUCUCUAACCAUUUUCCUGAUUCCUGAAACAUGCUUCAGAUUGCUUUCCAAAGAGGCUGAACGUAAUCCACCUUGCACAAGGAGGUGUGUGGAUCACAGUUUUACUACAUUUUUACCAGCACUGAACAUCAAUCAUGAAAUUUUUUCCCCAUGUCAAACAUUAAAUGGCUAGUGCUUUCAGUAACUUACUGUGUGCCAAGUUCUGUUCUAAGCCCUUAGUAUGUAUGAACACCUUUCAUUCUUCCAUCAUCCCUACAUGUUCAGGGCUAUAUUGUCCCAUUUCACAGAUGAGGACACUGAGGCACAGAGAGAUUAAAGUGGCCAAAGUCUCACAGCUGAUGUCAUGGUAUUUGGAUUUAAGCCCAAGUAAUGAGUCUCCAGAAGCUAUGCUCUGAACUUCUAUAGGGUUUAUCCAUGUUGCACAUAUAACAUUUCCUUCUUAAAAUAAUGUUUAUUAUCAUAAAAACCAGUACAUACUUCUUAUAGAAAAUUUAGAAGACCCAAGAAAUCCAGAAGAUUUCAUCCAAAGUUCAAUGCUACCCAGAGGUAAGUUAACGUUUCAAUACACUUUUACUAUGUUUAAAACUUAAUAUAUAAUAUAUACACUUUAAUAAAUCUGGAGCACACUGAAUAUACAGUUGAGUGUACUUCUAUGUUUACUUAACUUUUAUAUCAUGAGAACUUAUCAUUAAAUAUCAUGAUUUACCCAUAUAAUUAAAUAUCUACAUCAUUAAGUAACCUCUAACAACUAGAUGUUUUGGGGCUUUGUAUAGUUUAUGUUUAUUCAACCAAUGUAUUAGCCAGUCUCUUGUUGGACAUUUUGGUUUUCAGUGUUUUUUUUUUUUAAAGAUUUUAUUGGGGGAAGGGGAACAGGACUUUAUUGGAGAACUGUGUGUACUUCCAGGACUUUUUUCCAAG